AUGGAUGAAAGAUUGAAGGGGUAUAGAAGUAGAAAAGAGAAGAAGCCUUUGGAGGAACAAUUGAGUAGUGGAAGUGAUCAGUUAGUUUGUCAUAAGACUAAGGAAAGGAUUCAAAAGAAGGCCAGGAAAUUCGGUUGGAGAUUUGCUACUAAGCAUUUGGAUGGUUUGAAUUGGGAAGUGAUGGUGGUAGAUAGUUAUACUUCCAAUGCUUGUUACAUACCAAAUGGUAAGAUUGUGAUCUUCACUGGGUUGGUUAACAAACUUAAAUCUGAUGCAGAGGUAGCAGCCGUUCUUGGGCAUGAGGUUGGGCACGGAAUAGCUCGGCAUAUCACAGAAAAUUUGUUCAGAAUUUUGUGGGUUCUCAUUUCGCUGAUCCUCUGUCCACUACCUGAUGAAAUUGGUCCUCAAUUCCACCCAAUCAACUUCUUGUUAUUCUUCAUCUCCAGGAGGAGAGAAAUGGAAGCAGACUACAUAGGGAUGAUGUUAAUGGCUUCAGUCGGGUAUGACCCUCGAGUGGCACCAGGAGUUGAGUUGAAGAUUGAUGACAGCGACCAUCACAAUGUAUUCUCAACUCAUCCAUGCGGACGUAAGAGAGCAAAGAAGCUGGAAAAUGCUGAAGUGAUGGAUCAAGCAAUGGCCAUAUACAAGGAUAGAACCGGAGCAAUCCGGACCGUGUACACUACCCGUGAGACUGAUGAAAGGCACCAUGUCACACUGGCCUCCAUUGAUGAAGCACAAGCGAUUACAUUUUCAUCAGAUAUAGAAUGUAAGCACAAGCGAUUACAUUCUCGUCUCAUGUCGAACACUAUGUUCGAACAAGAUCGCAUCUCAUGA